CAUGGCUAUUCUUCAGCAUGUUUAAACCUGCUUUUCACUCCCCCUCUCUGCCUUCCUGUCUGCCCGCCUGAUUUCCUCAUUCAACAUUCCAGAUGGCAUUGGUCUUACCUAGCAUUCACGGGGCUUACCUUGUAAUGAUUAUGUAGAAAACAGACGGUAUUGACUUGACAUGAAUUUUUUCAGUUAAUAAUGUAUUGAAGUUGAAUGAAGUCAUAAUGGAUAUUGUGACGGUGGUAAAAUGCUUUGACACAGACAUUUAACUUGAUGUGUUCUCUGUUAUAAUUAAGCUAAUUAUGUAUUUGCGAUUGUAAUGUUCUAGUGGAGCUUCAUCGUACAUUUCUUUGAAGGAAGAGACACUAUUCUUUUUGUUGAGACUAAUUUUGGAGAAGUAGAAACCCUGGAUGUACUUUGCUGCGUGAUGGUUCCUGCAUGACCCGUUUAUGAACUGUUUUGCAAUUAGGCAGAUGCUAUAUUUUGGAGACGAAGGAAUUGUGGGAAGUUGCUGAUUGUGGUGGCCCAGUAUCACCGUUGACAGACGUUAGCAGCAGUGAGACAGUUGUGACUGAAUGUAGAGUAAAAAGCCACUAUGAUGUGUGGAUGAGUGUUGGUGAUAAAUGUUCCACACGUGUGUAUGUUAAGGAGACACAAGUGGUCCUAGUGACGCUGGAAGGGAUACUGCACCACCAUAAGUACAUUAUGAGUGGAGUUUCAUCGUAUAUUUCUUUGAAGGAAGAGACUUUAUUCUUUUUGUUGAGGCUAAUUUUGGAGAACUAGAAACCCUGGAUGUACUUUGCUGCUUGAUGGUUCCUGCAUGACCCGUUUAUGAACUGUUUUGCAAUUAGGCAGAUGUGAGUGUAUGAACAUGAAAAUGCUUUAGUGAUGUGUUUUGUAGAGAUGUGGGUAAAAUGUAAUAACCUCUGGUCAUGUUAUAUCGCACAAGUGUGUCUUAAUGACAGUGGAAAAUGGCAUCGUCACACCAUACCAUCAUCUAUAAGAGUUUCUUGCCUACCUGACUGAGUUGGUCUGCUUGUGGCUUUCUGUUUGAUCCUGCCUGAUUGCAUAGCUGCCUUUUCAUUCCAUGCAACUCAGGGAAUUCUUACCUAUUGUGCAUGUGGCUUCCAUUGGACUAAGGGAGUGUGGAGCCUGAAUUUGACUUUACUUCACUCCUUGGUGUGAUGGACACAUCAUCACCAUUUCAAUCUGAUGGAGAGGAAUCUGUGAACUACAAGGAAAGAGAAACUGCUAUGCUUACAGAGAUUUUGGCGAGUAGCUUGCCAAGCAUGAAUUCCGAGCCCAGUGUGCUUAUGAACGUGACCAAUGAAGUGACCGCUGGAGAUGUUCAUGUGCUUUUACCACAAUCGGCAGUAAAGGAGGGGAAUGUUGCUAAGAGGGAUCUGAAGCUUGAUCUUGCAACACCGUUGGGCACUGACAAAAUCAACAACGCACCUGUGAUCUUGAAAUCUUUAUUGAAGCAAGAUGAACCAUUUGACUUGGUUUCGUACAUUCUUGACGACCUGGUGCCAGGUACCACACUGCCUACCAGUGUGGAGUGUGUUGCUGAGACAUCUGGCAUGCAAUGGAAUGAUGCAGAUUCUGAAUUGAAAAAUCUUUUACUGUCAAAUGAAACCCGUGGACAUCCAGAAAUACUGGAAUGUCCAUCAACAUCAUGCAGCAGGUCACAGAAGAGAAAAUUGUCAACUUCUAUAGCUAGUGAGUCAUUGACUCCUGCAAAAAGGUCAAGAAUGCCUUCUGUUAAUCAUACAUGUGACCGAUACCGAGAGCGACGAGAUAGAAAUAAUGAGGCAUCACGAAAAUGCCGAGAAAAUGGGAAAGCUCGUGAGCGAGAGAUGAAGGAAUUGACUGCAAAGCUUGAGGGAGAAAAUGAAAGUUUGAAGAAAAGUGUGGAUGAAUUGGAAGAGCUUGUAAAGAAGCUCAGAGAAGCACUGUUCGAGGCCAUGGUUAAAAUUGGCCAAGAAGCAUCACCAAAAAUGGGCAUUGAUUCACCAAGAGAUGAGCAGCAGAACAAGCGCUUUUGCUGUGGGAGUGAAGUAUUUACAUUCUCUCCCCCUGGCGCAGCACAUGAUGGCUAGGCUUUGGAUGACUCAGUGGCCAGACUGAGUAGAUCUCAGCCAGAACCAAGGUUAGAGCAGCCCUGUGUACCAGUUGAGAGUGUUGCUACAGCUAUGCAGGAAGAAGAGGGGACAUUGUCAUUUUCACAGCCAGCGCACCUGAAUGAUAUGGUGCUGAAUUCACAGCUGCAUGCUACUCAGCCAUGUACACGGACUUCCAGUCAGAAUACUUUCCAAAUCCUGGUGCGACGCAUGACACGCUUUUGUGUAUGUACAGACUAUAAGGAAACAAUUGAAAAACUAUGCAAAUUAUUUGAUAAAUUGAGUUAUACCUGGGGAAUUGCAGCCAAAGUGGUAUGUAAUCAUCGAUUUUCACUGAUUGCUUGGGCAUGCCUGGUGUGCAUACAGUUCUCUCCUGUGUCUUACUGGUCUUCUGUUUCUGGGUCAUACUAAAACACCCGACACUUAACCAUUGUCGCUGCCACUUGAAGUUACUUAAAGUACAAAGAAACCUGUGGACUUUUCCAUAUUUGGACUGAAUAGGGAUGAAAUGUUAGGAGUUUCAGAAAGUUGCAUAAUGUGGCGCUUCAUAAGUUGUACUCUUUGCCAAGUAUAAGUGAAAUGAUCAAGUCAAAAAAAAACAGGCUAACCAACCGAGCAGCUUCCGAAUAAAAUUCUAGACCGUUACCUCCCCACCAUCUCGUUCGAUCCCAAACUUUUGACUUAUAGAGAAUGUGUACAUACAUGCAAUAUACAUACAUACAUACAUUGUGAGAACUCACAGAAGAGAAACUGGAUAAAAUCAGUGCUGGGUUUGAACAUUCUUCUCAAAAAUCUCAUGGACGCCUUGCAUAGGAACUGGGUUUCAUGUUUAGGUUGUGAAGUUGGAAGCUUUUCCAUUUGUGCAUGAAUAUGAAUUGUUGUGCUGGUGUCAGGAGUGUGGAGCAGUUCUGGUUUCUGCUGCUGACCUAUGGGCUUGUCAGUUGUGCUCUCAGUCCAAAUAUUGGUGGCCUGGGUAGGCUGGAUCAGUGUCUUGGUUCCACCAGAGCCGUUUGGUGAUGUGCAGCAGGCUCUGAGAUGAUUGCAGAGGAUGAACAUGCUUCACAGUGAGAGGCUGAGACUAUAAUUGUUUCCUGCCUUGUCAUUUCUGAUUCAUCAUUCACAGUUGUGCCAUCAUGCUUGUAGUUGAUACAGCACUGAAGAACAUGAGUAAUUAAUCUCAACCAAUUUUCCCCCCCCCUUAUUUUUUCACCCUAAAUUUAGAUUUCAAAUCAGUCCCCCCACCAGAUGUGGUGGUGUUUAAAAUUUUCUGUUGGCUUUUGUGGAAGCAAGUAGCUAAGUUGGAGAGCAUUCCAGUGGAAGAUAUUCAUAUCUGAAUGAGGAUGAUCUUGUAGCCAACCUGCAAUGCUUAAGCAUCGAUGUCAGUGUUUCUCUGAAGGGGGUGGGGGCAAGGUGCAUGGCUCCUUGGCUCGUGCUGGUAAAGUCAAAGGUCAGACCCCCCCAAGGUAAGGAAGAGU